UGCUCAUUCCCCUGCCUCCCGCUUCUUCCUCCGCCGCCCACAACCAUCGGCCUCUCCCCAGCGCAACGCGCAGCUGCGACCCGUCCUCUCUUUGGACCCGCCUCCGAAGGACGUCACUUCCUGGACGAGUGUUUCCGGGUCAUCGCUUGUCCCGGGGUACUGGCCUUGGUCCCCUGCAGCCGGCCGGGGCGACGAGAGCCCAGGCGGGCCCGGCUCCGGCGGCGGCCGCGGCUCCCUCUGGAUUUCCUCGGCCCGGGAGUCCUCGGCGACAGUGCCGGGAGCGCGCCCCUAGUGCGGGUGGGCACCAUGUCAGUGCUUUUAGCCAUGGCCCUGCCUCGAACCCAGAAACCAUGGAGGAGAUAAGGUAGCCCCUCCCCGUCUCUGGAUCAGAUGGGGAAGCCCAGUUCAAUGGAUACGAAAUAUAAGGAUGACUUAUUUCGGAAGUACGUGCAGUUCCAUGAGGGCAGAGUGGACACCACCCCCAGCAAGCAACGGCCUGGCAGUGAUGAGUAUCUUCGAGUGGCAGCCUCGGCCCUGCUCAGCCUACACAAGGUGGAUCCCUUCUAUCGAUUCCGGCUGAUCCAGUUCUAUGAGGUGGUGGAGAGCUCCCUGCGCUCGCUCAGCUCUUCCAGCCUGCGGGCUUUGCACUGCGCCUUCAGCGUGCUGGAAACGGUGGGCAUCAACCUCUUCCUCUACCCGUGGAAGAAGGAAUUCAGAAGCAUCAAGACCUACACGGGCCCCUUCGUUUAUUAUGUCAAGUCGUCGUUACUGGAAGAGGACAUCCGAGCCAUCCUGCAUUACAUGGGCUACGUGCCUGAGUUAGGGACUGCGUACAGACUCAAGGAGCUCGUGGAGACCCUUCAGGUGAAGAUGGUCUCCUUUGAGCUCUUUCUGGCCAAGGUGGAGUGUGAGCAGAUGCUGGAAAUCCACUCACAAGUCAAGGACAAGGGCUACUCCGAGCUGGACGUGGUGAACGAGCGCAAAAGCAGCGCGGAGGAUGUGCGCGGCUGCUCGGAGGCCCUGCGGCGGCGGGCCGAGGGCCGGGAGCACCUGACGGCCUCCAUGGCCCGCGUAGCGCUGCAGAAGUCGGCCAGCGAGCGGGCGGCCAAGGACUACUACAAGCCGAGGGUGACCAAGCCCUCGAGGUCGGUAGAUGCCUAUGACAGCUACUGGGAGAGCCGGAAGCCACCCCUGAAGGCCUCGCUGAGUCUGCGGAAGGAGCCCGCGGCGCCAGACGUGGGGGACGACCUCAAGGAUGAGAUCAUUCGCCCGUCUGCCUCGCUGCUGACCAUGUCCAGCUCCCCCCACGGAAGCCCGGAUGACCUGCCGUCCCCUUCCCCCAGCAACGGCCUCAGCCUGCUGCGUGGCACAUACUUCUCCGCUCAGGACGACGUGGAUCUGUAUACAGACUCGGAGCCCAGGGCCGCAUACCGGAGGCAGGACGCCCUGCGGCCGGACGUGUGGCUGCUCCGAAACGAUGCCCACCCCGUCUACCACAAGCGCUCACCCCCCGCCAAAGAGUCCUCCCUGUCCAAGUGCCAAAACUGUGGGCUGUCCUGCAACUCCUCCCUCUGCCAGCGCUGCGACAGCCUGCUCGCCGGUCCCCCAGCCUCCAAGCCCGGCGCCUUCUCUGGCAAGCCCUCCGCCCACGACAGCCUGGCCCACGGGUCGUCUCUGCGGGACAAGUACGCUGGCCAGACCCAGGGCCUCGAGCGGCUACCGCACCUCCACCCGAAACCCAAGACCCCCACCACAGCCACCUCCCGCUGUGGCUUCUGCAACCGCCCGGGUGCCACCAACACCUGCACCCAGUGUUCGAAAGUCUCCUGCGACGGCUGUCUCAGCGCCUACCAUUACGACCCCUGCUGCAAAAAGAAUGAGCUGCACAAGUUCAUGCCCAACCACCAGCUGAACUACAAGUCCACCCAGCUCUCCCAUCUCGUGUACAGAUAGACUGGACCUUGCACCCCUGCUCCAAGGGCUACGCCACUGACUUUCCGGUUCCCCGCUCCGGGGAAGAAGUGUUAGUGUGUUGAUCUCAGAAGCAGAGACCUGCAUCUGACCAUGUAGGUGUCGGGAUCGUGGGCUUGGCUGCGCCAUGUGGGAGUUCACUGGGUGGCCCAGAUAGUUCAUCUGAUGGCUGCUUUGUCGCCUGACAAGGGAGAGGGUGGCACUUCCGUUCAGAUUCAUUCUUGCUAAUCUCUCCACUCCCUGUUGCGUUGUUUGUUUUAUUUUCGGAGAGGAUUUCUAACUCCGAGACCUUUGUCAACAGCCCCCCCCCACCGUACACCCCCCCCCCCACCAACCACCACCACCACUCCAAAGCCAACUUGGACUGGGAAGGGCCCUCCAGGUCACCUCCAAAUGCCCACCUGGAGCGCCGAGCUAGAGGCCUGUUGGCUUGUGAAAUGAGCCCUCCUGCCACACCGGGCCUCUUCCCAUGGCUCAUCCUUUGGCCGCCCCCUUCCCAAACACAAGGAUCCCCACCUGGACUCCCUCCACCCCGCUGACUUCUGCCUGUCCAAGUCUCCAGGGUGGGCGGAGUCCAGUUGUCACUGAAUGGCAUCCUGUUGCCACCGCAGCUCAGUUCGGCCCGUGUGUCCGAGCGCUUUGCUCCAGCACAUCCAGGUGUGGCCUUCCAUGGCAGGAUGGACUGUUCCCCCUUUCUGUUGUUUGCACAUGCCCCUCUCACUGUACUGUAAAUAGAUAUUUUUGAGAUUUAUUUUUAAAUAAAUAUUCAACUUGCCGUGUGUUUCAAAGUGGUUAAACAUGAAUUAUGUAGCUAUUUAUAAAAACGGCCUGGGUUCUUCAGUCUUCCAAGGGAGGGUCUUGUGCUCUUCCAUGUUGUACCCUACACACACCACAGCCCGAGGGUAGAGCGGAGAGUGUGGGGGCAGAGACAGAUGAUGUCCUGGAGUCGGCGGAGAGCCACUGUCUUCCCUACAAUAAAUCUCUAUAUACCUACCUCCAGUGUACACUUAGGGGGCUAGCGUGGGCUGGGGGUGGGGUGCGGUCUGUGCACCCGUGGACCGCGAUAACCUAGUGACCUUUAGGACCCUCACCCUGCAGAUCGACAGCCUGGUCUUUGUCUCUUGCUGCAUGUGAACCUCGCACUCCAAACCUCUGGAGUCUUGUUUCAGAAGGAAAAUCCUGUGGGAUUCCCCCUCCCCUCCAUCUCAGCCCUCUUCGCCUGUUUCCGGGACUCUGCGACAUCAGUGAUCUUUUUUGCACUAAAAGUGGGCCCGAGUCAGCGUGUGCCCAUCACACGGACGUUUUCCUGAGACACUCAGCCAAGCCUCAGCACUUCCAAACCUGAAGGCCCCUUAAACUCUGAGUGACUGACCCCUGGAUCUUCCUUUUGGGGUGCAGAGCAGGAGUGGGGCAAGAAUUUGAAAAUAAAACCACUUCCUUGUGAACUACUAUAUUUUAGCCAUAAGUGUUUGUGAUGUACAGAAUAUUAUAGGAAUUUACAUGCAGUGGGUUUUCUGGUAGUAGAAGGAGGUAUUCAGCUCUUGAACAAAUUUAAGUCUGGCUGAAUCCUGAGGUCACUGUGAAUUUGCUGAUGUUCUUCCAACUCGGUCGAGUGAUUUUAAGGUUUUCCAAAUCUUCUAUGGCUCUUUUUUAUAUAUCUGGUAGAGCACAUGUAGAUACUCAAUGUGUAUAUACAGCUGAAUUUCAACCCCUUUAUUACUAAGACCAGCCCACUCGGGUCAUCAUCUUUGAUGUUCUUUCCACAUUUCAGAAGUGUCGAUGCCUGUUUUACUCCUGAGAGCACUAGUUUGCUAGUUUUCCGUUCCCAGAUCGCUCCAGCCUACGGGAACUCUACCAACCGUGAUGCCAGGUCACUUGUGCCCCCAGUGGGCAGAAGCAGGAGUGCCCACCUCAUCCUGGGAGAGAAGGUCUGGCGCACAUGUCAUCACGGAGAUGUUGUUUCACAGACUGGAACAGAAAACGCUCUGCCCCUGCCCUUGGUGUGUACCUUACUGUAUGAGGUUGCUGUGAUUGAGCUGGAAAAAAUAUAUGCUAAUUUAAAAAGGCAGAUGUUUUACAUUUGAUUUCUACUAAGAAUUGAAAUGUUGAGAGAUGAUUUAAAAAAUAAUAAAGUGUCUUCCAUUAUUAAA